AUGAUUCAGGGUUUAUACCGCUUAUUCUUCAUUAAUGUUUGUAUGUCGUUGGGCUUGGGCAGGUGUCAACUGCAAUAUAGCCUUAGCAACUGUCCCUCCAUUCAGAAUGAGUUGCUUGCAUUGAACAUCAGUCUGGGAAACUGUUCUGAAGAUCUUACCGAUUGUUUGAUGAAUGAAUUUUCUGCAUCGAACGCACUAUGUGCUACUUGUAUCAUUGUUUCAAAUGAUCUUCAAAGGGAAUCGAUUUGUGAGUGUCUUCAAUGCUUAAUCAACACUUUAGCGACUAAAUGCAGCAAGGCUCACUGCGCUGGUUCCAGAACAACAGGACUGGUGUACAAAUUAAGCCAGAAAUUUGAUAAUUCUCUUCCAAAGGCUUUGCCUUUGGUUAGCGAGCCUGUCCACGAGCUUCAAUAUGUUGCAGAUUCAAACAAUGUUAUUCGUCGUGGGAUAUUUACUGGAGAGCGGUAUAGCUUAAUUAAUGCACUAUUAGAAGCUCUUGGUCACAAAGUUGUUAAUAAAGAGGAAGGGAUGUGGUACUUUGAACUCGAUUCAUUACCAAAUGUGGAGUCUAUUAAGGCUCCUUCCGACAAAACUUACACUAAUACAGUAACUACGGGCAAGGUGACUGAAAGCCACACCCUCUCAAUGCACAAUAGUGAAUCGGUAUUCAAUAUCGUUAACAAAGCUUCAAGUCCUAUAUUUACUGCCUCCCUAUCUAUAGAAUCCUCACACAAGCAAUCCAAGCCUCAGUUAACUUCCAGUGUAAUUGAUCUAACUUACGCACCAAUCGAAGUGGUAAAUGCGGCCACGACCAAUAUGGUGGGGACACGGUAUGCUCCGUACGUCACUGGGCCUACCAAAAUCGCUCCCGAUGAGAGCACAAGGUUUGCCAUGCGCACCAAGGCAUAUCCUUCAGAGGCUACAAAGAUACCCUUCUUAUCAAGUUCCACUACUUCCAGCGAAUCUAAAGCAUUCAUCAUCUCGAUUGCUGCUGCUACAUUUGCUACAUUUAGCAUUUUCGCCAUUUCCGAUAUAUCAACAACUGUCGAUAGUUUAAAACAAGAGGGCUUUGAACCAUGUUUGGAAGUCGAUGCCAUUUUUCAUCCCGCAUCAUAUAACGACGAAUCUGAUAUCAACGAAUUUACCGACAGUGAGGUAGACAAUGAAGUAAUGCGUACACUACCUGUCCCUGUUCCUCAUUCGACACAUUCGUUUACAGAAAUCGCUGACACUAUCCAUAAAAUGAAUUUUACCUAA